AUGGAUAAGUUCGUUGUGAGGAAGCGAAAAGUACAGGAAGAUGAAUCUCAAGACCAAAUGGUGGCUUCCAGUAUUGGUACUGCUUCGGAGUCAAACAUUGAAGAUGUUCCUGGACCAUCUGAAUCAAAAUGUGAAAAGAGGAAGCACGCAUCUCUUUCGAAGAAAAGAACAUAUGUUGAUGCCUAUUUAGCAUAUGGUUUUACUUCAAACAAUGAUGAAGAUAAUCCACGCCCUGUGUGUUUAGUUUGUGGAGAUACACUCAGCAAUGAGGCCAUGGUACCUAGUAAGCUCAAGCGGCACCUUAAUACCAGACAUCCUUUUGUGUCGCAGAAGGACAUGGCAUAUUUUUCUCGUUUGUUAGAAGGGCAAAGUAAGGCGGCUACUAAAAUGGUCAAGAGGGUAUCAGUAGCCGACACUGCUCUUGAAGUUUCUUUCAGAGUAGCAGAGCUGAUAGCAAAGAAGAUGAAGCCUCAUACAACUGGUGAAGAAAUCAUUGGCCCUGCAUGCAACAUAAUUGUAGAAACAAUGCUUGGCAAAGAAGCUCAGCAACAGAUUUCGAAAGUACCUCUUUCCAAUAACACCAUCAGCCGCAGGAUAUCUGAAAUGUCAACAGAUAUUAAUGAAGAAGUUGUGAAGCAGAUAAAAUCAAAAAGAAAAUUCGCAUUGCAAGUAGAUGAGAGUACUGACAUAGCUGAAAAAUGCCAACUGCUUGGGUUUUGCAAAUUCAUUGACAAGGAUAUUGUGGAACAGUUUAUGUUUUGCAAAGAAUUACAGACUACAACCACUGGAGAGGAUAUCUUCGCUUCAGCUGAAGAGCAGGAACAAGCAGACUGUGAAUCUACAGCUCCUAUCAAAGGAUGUGAGAUCACGCAUGCGCUUACUGGGGCACGAAGAACACGCACUGGAACUUUAGUUGCUGAAGUAGGACCUAUAAAUUGGUCACCAACAAUGACAGCCGCACAAGAAUCCAAGGAGACAGAACGUUUUGACUCCGGGGACGAAGAUGCUAAGUUUGACUGCGGGGACAAAGGAUUCUGA